AUGGCCAUUAAUAAUGAUCAGUGGAUUUCACGAAUACAAACGGAAAUUGAUAAAUGUGACAUUGUUUUAUUGAUUUAUUUCCUAAUCGGCAUUAUUAUUUGCGAUUGCGAACAAAUUUCAGUUGCUGCCUCCGAUUUUCAAUGUUACCAUUGUGCUGGCGACGAUUGUGAUGAUCCAUCUGUGAAAGAAUGUGCCGAUGAGAGUGAGAGUGCACAAUGUUACAUACGCCUCGACGAGAACUAUGAUUUUAUAGGCAUGGGCUGUGCCUCGGACUUAGGCAAUGAAACGGAAAUUGCUGACUUGAUCAGAAACAAGACGUUGUACGUGUGUUCGACGUCGAAUUGUAAUGGAUAUGAAAAUUUGUCACAACCAAACGAAUGCACUGAUUGCAACUCAUCGGAGGAUGUCAGGUGUGCCACGCAACCACAAUCUGCCGGUCGGACGGUGCGUUGUAGUACUGUGCCAUACACGAAAUGCUAUGAGCGUGUUAGUCUCGCCAAUGGAACAACGGAACGUGGCUGUCUCUUCGAAUUGGAGGGCGACGAGUUUUACAAUUGCUUGAACGGUCUGGAUGCGAAUUGCAACGUAUGCAGCGACAGCAGCUGCAACGUAGGGACAAUUCCCGCUAAUCGUCUACAAUGUCAACGUUGCGAUUCUUCAACGGAUAGCAAUUGCAGCAGUUCGCCAUCCGCGCUCUCUAUUUGCCCCACCUACUUGGCGAACGAUGCGUGUGUAUCUGUCUAUGAGUCGGGUGUGACCCGUCGUGGUUGCUAUAGUGAGCUCAGUUGCAAUUCAACAUCAAGAAGUUGCGAAAUCUGUACAACAUCUGGCUGCAAUAAGGCGAAUGUUGAGAAGAGAUCGACGGAAUUGUAUGGCAUUUUUCAAGAUCUGCCAUUGAAUUGUUAUAAUUGUACAGGAGAGGAAUGUCUGGAGGAUCGCAAAUUACGCAAAUGUGAAGGUGAUAUCUAUCAAGAUUGUGUGACAGUAUUCAGCACAGACGGUAUAGUGGUGGCGCGCGGAUGUGACUCGAAUCUCGACAGCGAAUACCAAACACAUUGCACUGCAAAUCCAGAAUUGUGCUUCAAUUGCAAAUCGAAUGGGUGCAAUAAUAUCACUGAGGUCAAAUCAACACAGCAAUGCGUGUACUGUGAUGCCUCCAUUAAUGCUGAGUGCGUCACAAACGUGAGUGCUAUUACGACCACACGCAAAUGUAUUGAAGGUUGUGUAACUGCAUUGUACGAAAGCAAAUCGAAUUCGGAAGUGUUGGAAUUGGCGCGUACCUGCUUUGAGGAUCUAGAAUUUGAUGAUCGUUCAACAUGCACUGAGGGAAACAAUUGUGUUAAAUGUACCGAUGGUGAUAAGUGUAAUACGGCAGUGGUGCCAGCCGAGGGUCGUUUGACGUGCCUCCAUUGUGAUGGCGAUGACUGUGAUGAGCCUGUGUCCCGUUCAUGUGUUGCUUAUUCGACAAGUGAUCGGUGCUACAUGUACUUUGACCCUGAAACACAUAGCGCUAUACGUAUGGGCUGUAAAAGCAGUGUGUCAGAUACUGUGAUUUACAAUGAUAUCUUACACUAUUUCCUAUGCGAUGGUGACGAUUGUAACACUUAUAGUAAUUUGCCGGAAGCGCACAUGUGUUAUGUGUGCAAUUCGGCUACGAAUGUUGACUGCGCCAUCAAUCCUACAGCACUCACAGCGCAAACGAGAUGCCAAAUCAAUCCGCACACCGACUGUUUCACGCGCAUCAACGAAGAUGGCCAUACCAUCCGCGGCUGCAUCAGCACAUUGAACAACACAGAGUUUCUCUCCUGUCACGAAGGCACUUAUGGCGAACUCUGCCGUAUCUGUACAGAAAGCGACUGCAACAAGAAUGUCUAUCCCAGCAGUCGUCAACUUUGUCACCGUUGUAACUCUACCGUUGACUCAACUUGCGAAACUGAACCCCAGGCCGAAUCGGUGUGCCCAAUAUAUGAUGAGAACGAUUACUGUGUAAGCAAAUUGAGUGAUGGCGUUGUCUAUCGUGGGUGUGGUAGUGAAAUUCAAUGUGACGCAAAUUCCACCAGUAAGACUUGUCGUACAUGCGAGGACAACAAUUGCAAUAGCGCCAUAUUUAAAGACGAAGCGAUUGGCAAUCCUGGCUAUUUCCAAGACUUACCACUCAACUGUUAUCACUGCGACAGCAGUGAGGAGUGUAGCGUCAGUUUAGGAAAGGUUAAGAAAUGUGAGAAUAAUAACCUUCAAACUUGUACAACGGUGUUUGAUAGCUCUAACGGCUCGGUAGUUCUGCGUAGCUGCAGUGAUGCGGCAGAUGAAGCUUGUGAUGAUGAUAGCAACAACUGCUAUGGGUGUAAAUCAAAUGGUUGCAAUGUGGCCACCUCGGAAUCAGCCUAUAUUGAUUGCAUCUUUUGUGAUGCGCAAGAAAAUGAGAACUGUCUCACGAAUGUUAACGCCAUUACGCAAACUCGUAAAUGUCUUACAAGUUGUGUAACUGCUUUGUACAACCGUACCUCCGAUGCGACCCCGGUGCGUGAGCUAAUACGUACUUGUCUGGACGACAUGGAUUUGGACGAUAGGGAAAUAUGUGCAGCGGGUAAUGAUGCAAAUUGUAAAGCUUGUAGCAGUGAGAAAUGUAAUGUGGACACGGUUGGUACGCGCAUCUCUUGUUAUCAAUGUGUGGGCGAUGAGUGCCAGGAUGCACAGCCGAAAACUUGCCGCGCUAGCAGUGAAGGAGAUCGCUGUUUCGUACAAUACGACGAGCAGGGUUCGAUUGUGGAACUGGGUUGCCAGAGCAAGUAUGAUCCAGCUGAGGCGAAGGCCUUGGUAGUGGCGAAAUUGUUGUGGCUCUGUGAGGGGGAAAAUUGCAACACCAUUGAUUCUGUGCCUAGCUCACAAGUAUGCGCCAUUUGCAGUUCGGCAACGGAUGCUGCUUGUGCAACUGCGCCCAGCUCGAUUCAAUCGGUUACGACAUGCGCAAAGACACCAUACACACAAUGUUAUUCACGUGUAUUGGAUGGUGGCCACACGGAACGCGGUUGCUUGUCAAGCAUAGAGGGUGAAGACUUCUACGACUGCCUUUCAGGCACCAAUUCGACAAAAUGUUUGGCUUGUGUAGGCGCAAACUGCAACACGGAGGUUUACCCCGCAAAUCGUCUGUCCUGCCAUCAAUGUAAUUCGACCAGCUCUGCCACCUGCGAGAAUGUCCCAGCCAAUUCAGAGAUCUGCUUGAAGUACAGUGCUUCUGAGCAGUGUGUAUCCAUUUUGGAUAAUAGUGGCGUCACCAUACGCGGUUGCAGCUCGGAAGUUGCCUGCAAUUCUGGUAAUUGUCAGACCUGCGUUACCAACGAUUGCAACUCUGUCAAUCUUAAGCGAAAAAGCGAUGGAAACCCUGGUGUUUGGCAGGAGCUACCAUUAACUUGCAAAGCUUGCGAUAGCCAAAGUGAUUGCGCUGGCACGCCAAGUGAUGCUACAUGCCCACAAAAUGAUGACUAUUGUAUGACGGUAUUCGGUGAAGAUGACAGCGUUGUAAAACGUGGGUGCAGCACUGCUGUAGAGGCCGCAUUCGGUGAAUACUGCGAUGCCAACUCCACUAAAUGUCAUAAUUGUAACUCUAACGGCUGUAAUACAGCGAGCGCAUUAUCGGACUAUGUCGAUUGCAUCUACUGUGAUUCAGAAACUAAUUCCAACUGUGUGUCAAAUCUGGAAUCUGUCAUUACACGCCGUCAGUGCAAUAAGUAUUGUAUGACCGCGCUGCGUCCCCAAAUUAAUGGAUCGGAUGUAUUUGAGUUGACGAGAACUUGUCUGGACGAUAAAGAUGCCGCGGAUCAGGUCGUAUGCCAGGCAGGUAGUGAGCAAUGUGUUGCAUGUCAAGGUAGUGCUUGUAAUACGGCAAAAUUGCCAGAGGCAAGACUUUCGUGCUACAUAUGUGAGGAUGAUGAGUGCGUAACACCCGAAACAGCGGAAUGUAGUGCAUACAAGGCCGCCGAUCAGUGUUUCGUCUUAUUCGACGGUGUAGGCGAUGUAAAGCGUAUGGGAUGUAUGAGCGAGUUGGAAACUUCAUUCGUGGAGAAAAAUAUACUUUUGUUGCUGUUGUGCGAUGGAGGUGACAACUGUAAUAGUUUUGAUAAUCUUCCUACUGCAAAUACAUGUGUCCAAUGUGAUUCGGAAGACGAUGAGGAAUGUGCCAGUGUUCCGUCAAAUGUAGCAACAGUGACGAAAUGUGCAACACUGCCACGUGUAGAAUGCUACACGCAGGUUCUUACAAAUGGAACCACUCGACGCGGAUGUGCGACCUCACUCAGUGAUACAGUGCUGACUACUUGUUUAAAUAGCAACUCAACCAGCUGUGAGACUUGUACGAGUGAUCUGUGCAAUGGUGAGGUUUAUCCUGCCGAUCGCCGCCGCUGUCAUCGCUGCAACUCUGCAGCAGAUGCCACUUGUGAAAGCUCUCCCGCAGCCAGUUCAGCAUGUCCAUUCUACGACACUGACGAAUUUUGUACCGUCAAAUUGGUUCAAGGCAUUACAUACCGUGGCUGCAGCUCCGAAUUUCAAUGCGACGUAACGAAUAGGCAGUACUGCCGUCAUUGUACUGGCGAAGAUAACUGUAAUACCGUUGACUUAACCAAGUUAGAAGAUACGAGUAUUGGCGACCCAGGUAAAUGGCAGGACUUGCCUUUAAGUUGCUACACUUGCGACUCAGGCGAAUGCAACUCCUCACUCGGUUCGCUAAAUAAGUGUGAGAACAACAACCUGCAGAACUGUGAAACUGUUUUCGCUACUAAUGGUUCGGUGGUGGCACGCGGUUGCAGCGACGAUGUCCUUACGGCGUAUGAAGAUUACUGUGAUAGUAAUUCAUGUAUCGGCUGCAAAUCGAACAGCUGCAAUAACGCCACCAGUUUGGAUCAGUAUGUUGAAUGCUACUCAUGCGAUUCAAUUGAUAACAGUACAUGCGCUGUGAAUUUCGUUGGUGAAGGUACCAAAACACGCAAAUGUCAAAAUUACUGCGCAAUUGCUCUAUAUCCACGUAGUAGCGCAGACAAUUCGUCCUACGAACUGACACGUACCUGCCUAGACGACAUGGAAUUGGCGGAUCGUGAAAAGUGUCUGGCGGGUGAGAAUGAAUUGUGUACAGCAUGCACAGGACCUCUUUGCAAUAGUGCAACUUUCCCCGCGGACAGACAAAAAUGUUACAAAUGCGUGGAUAGCGACUGUACUGACUACGCCGUAUCCGAAUGUACUUCUUACCAUCCUAACGAUCAAUGUUAUAUUAGUUUCGACGAUGAGAACUCUGUGGUAAGCAUGGGUUGUCGUAGUGAAUUCGAGCCGGAUAUCGUACCGCUCUUGGUUAAAGGGAAAAAGUUUUUGCUGUGCGAUGGAGACGCCUGCAAUGGACCAGAGACAAUACCGACUGCUAAGACCUGUUCGACAUGUGAUUCGGCGACAGACACACGCUGUGCUACCAACCCUAACCUGGUGAAUAGUACAGAACGGUGUACAACGCUGCCGUAUACCAAUUGCUAUACUCGCGUCAAUGCGAAUGGAUAUACCACACGUGGCUGUCUCUCCAGCUUGACCACUGACAUUUUCUACGCUUGCUUAACUGGUAACGAUACACUGUGUGACACCUGUAGUGGUGAUAAUUGUAAUGCGAUCGACGUUUUCCCUUCGGAUCGCCUGAAAUGUCAACAGUGCAGCUCCGAUACUGACACAACCUGCACCAGCAACCCGAAUAGCAAUCAAGUUUGUCCCAUUUACAGCGCAACGGAUAGUUGUGUUACCAAUUGGAAUAACGGUACUACGACACGUGGCUGUUCAUCGAACAUGACGUGUGACGACGAAAGCAACAAAAGCACCUGUAGUGUUUGUAGCACAAGUGGCUGUAACACCAUCAACUUGGAAAAUAUUCAAGCGCAAGGUCAGCCGGGUAGAUGGCAGGAUGUGCCCCUUACAUGCCGCACGUGUGAGGGCGAAGACGAGUGCUCAACUAUGAGCAUCUACCGUGUUUGCACCGGCUAUGCAUACCAAAGCUGUAUGACUGUCUUCAAUACAGCGGGUAAUGUUAUUCAGCGCGGCUGUAGUGAUACGGUUGAAGAAGUGAAUAGGGAACAUUGCAGUGCCAAUCCUGAGAACUGUUUGCUUUGUAACUCAAAUGGUUGUAAUAACGCUACCCAAUUAGAGAAUUAUAUUGAUUGUUACUACUGCGACUCGGAUUCCAAUAGCGAUUGUGUCCAAAAUCUCGCGGGUUUAACAAAACAGCGUAAAUGUAACACGCAUUGCAUGACGGCGCUGUACCCCAAAUAUGACGAAGUUAAUCCCGCCUAUGCCCUGUCACGUUCGUGCCUCGACGACAUGGAUUUGGAUGACCGCGAAGCGUGUAUUGCUGGCUCAAAUGCACUUUGCCAGGCUUGUGAUGAAGCCGACUGCAAUACGCAGUUAGUGCCAUCGACACGACUCAGCUGUAAUGUAUGUAGCGGUGAUGAUUGUCAAGAUCCGCAAUCGUCGAAUUGCACUAAUUAUCGUGAAGGCGACAGGUGUUACAUACAAUUCGAUGAGCAGAGAAGUCUUGUCGCCAUGGGUUGUCGCAGUGAGUUCACCAAUGCUGAGGCUGAUUAUCUGUUGCAGCAGAAACGUUUAUACUUCUGCGAAGGCAAUAAUUGCAACACUUUCGAUGCGAUACCAACAUCACAAGUCUGCACGAUUUGUAGUUCACGCACGGACACCGCAUGCGCUACAAAUCCGACCCAGGUCACAGCCGCAACUACAUGUGCGGUCACACCCUAUACGCAAUGUUACUCGCGUGUUUUGUCAAGUGGCGCUACCGAACGUGGCUGCCUCUCAAGUCUGUACGAUGAUGAAUUUGCAAGUUGUCUGAAUGGCACCGCAACGAAUUGCGAGGCCUGUGUGGGCAACUAUUGCAACCAAAAAGUGUAUCCUGAAAGUCGUCUGUCAUGUCACAUUUGCGAUUCCUCUACGAACUCGUCAUGCACAUCCAACCCAGAUAGUGAGAGCGUCUGUCCACUGUAUGUGAAUGGUGACAAAUGCGUUACGGCCUAUACUAAUGGUGUUACGUAUCGUGGCUGCAACUCGAGCCUACAAUGUAGUUCCACCGACUCAAAGUCUUGUGUGCAAUGUGAGGGCAACGGUUGUAAUACCAUCGAUUUGGAGCGUCAGAAUGAUGAUAACUAUGGCAAAUGGCAAGAUCUGCCACUGACUUGUCUCUCAUGCACGUCUGAUACAUGCAACUCCUCAAGCACUGUUCAGUCGCUCGUCUGUGAGUAUAACAAUGAACAGGACUGUGUCACAGUAUUCCAGAACGACAUAGUGGUGAGACGCGGCUGCAGCGAUGUUGUUUGGGAAGAAUAUUCCAACUACUGUAAUAGUAAUUCAAAUGAUUGUCUAAAUUGUAAAUCGAAUGACUGCAAUAACGCAACUGCGAAAUCACAGUACACUGAAUGCAUUUACUGUGACACGAACAACAACAUCUCUUGUUUAUUGAAUGCAGAGAGCUCUGCGCACAAAACUCGCCUAUGUCAAGGUAGUUGCAUGACUGCAUUAUAUCCUUCGGAUGGUAGCACUGAUCCUGCCUACGAGCUCAUACGUACCUGUUUGGACGACAAAGAAGCCGCCGAUCAAGCAACUUGCGCCGCUGAUAAAGAUGCAAAUUGUAAGAGCUGCACAGGCAGUAAAUGUAACAAUGAAAUUUUGCCUGAAAGUCGACUUAGCUGUUAUCAGUGCGACGGCAGUAAUUGUGACGAGCCGGAACUGAACAUAUGUCCACUCUACAAAAGUGAAGAAAAGUGUUACAUUUGGUAUGAUGAGACCAACAGCAUCAACCAAAUGGGUUGUCUGAGUUCGUUCGGCAUUCAAGACUUGGAAACGAUCAUUGGAACAAAGCGUAUUCAUGUGUGUGAGGGAGACGGUUGCAAUUCUUUGGAUGACUUACCCACCACGCAAAAGUGUGCUGUUUGUGAUUCGAACACGGAUUCCACCUGUGCGACCAAUGCGUUAGAGGUUAGCACAUUCAGCACCUGCAAUCAAUAUCCAUAUACCAGCUGCUACACCAAAUUGGUCAGCGAAGAUGGCUCUACAAUUCGUGGCUGUUUGACGGACUUAUCUACCUCAUUGUUUGUCGACUGUGUGUUGGGCAAUGAUGCGAACUGCACCCUUUGUACUGGAGAUGGUUGUAAUCGUGAGGUAUUCCCCGCCGAUCGUCUGCAGUGCUAUACCUGCACUAGUGAGGAUGACUCAAACUGCGAAUCGAAUCCCACAAGCUUACUAGCGUGUCCAUAUGUUACAACUACAGAGAAAUGCAGAGCCGCGCUUAGUGGCAAUAUCACUAUACGAGGCUGCAGCUCCGAUGUGUUAUGUGACACCAACGAUAGAGAUUGCACUUCAUGCGAAGGCAGCGCUUGCAAUGUCAUCGAUCUGGUGAAUCGUGAGGAGGAUGAUGGCGUACAUGGUAUGUGGCAGCAAUUGCCAUUGAGAUGCCACACUUGUGUGGACGACGACUGCUUGUACUCAUUGGGACCAGCAUAUAAUUGUAGUGGGUACUCGGCACAGGACUGUGUUACAGUAUUCACAACCGAUGGUGCGAUUAAGCGUCGUGGCUGUCAUGACGAAGUUGAAUUAUACGAGCAGCGGUAUUGUCGCGAGAAUCCCAACUUGUGUUUCACCUGCAAGUCGAAUGAAUGUAACGAUGCCUGGAAUACCACAGAUUACGUACAGUGCAAUUUCUGUACAUCCGAAAAGGAUCCAUUGUGUACCACCAAUCCGGAAAAUGCUGUUUUCACUAAACGAGCUUGCCAAAAAGAAUGUAUGGUGGCAAUGAAGGACUCACAAGUUAUACGCUCGUGUUUGGAUGACAAAGAGGUAAAUCACCGUUAUGUAUGUCGCGCCAACGAGACCGGAAGUGAAUGCGCCAGCUGCAAUACAACCGAUUGCAAUAACUUUGUCUUCCCUGCGGAUCGUCUCAGUUGUCACGUUUGCAAUGAUUCAUCGUGCACCACUUCGACGGCACAGUAUUGUGAAACAUACCAACAGAGCGAUUAUUGUUUUGCAAAAUACGAGAAUGGAAACGUUGAACUGAUGGGUUGCGCUAGUUCGCAGAAUAGUAGCGAUUUGGAAGAGUGGGCGGCGCAGAAUAAACUUUAUACCUGCAAGGAUGAGAACUGUAAUGACAUUUCGAUAUUGCCCACCUCAGGUGGCGAAUGUUUGUCAUGUAAUUCGGCACUUACACCAGCAUGCGCACAAGAUCCAACGACAUACACAGGCACAGAGACGUGUGCCUUAUUUGAGAAUCAAUGUAUCACCUACUUGAGCACAGAAGGCUAUACUCGACGCGGCUGUUUGAGCAAACUGUCCGAAGCUGAACAGAGCUCUUGCCAAGCAAAUGGCACUUGCGCCAUCUGUGAAGGCGACAAAUGUAACAAUGAGGUCUUCCCCAGCAAUCGACUCAAAUGCCAUAUUUGUACUUCGGUCAGUGAUGAUAAUUGUGCGGCGAAUCCAAAUUCCUUGCAAAUCUGUCCAGUAUAUAAGAGCAAUGAUCGUUGUGUAAUCAAGCGUUCGGAAUCCAUUGAACGUGGUUGCGAGUCGGAACUGACAUGUGACACCAGCGAUGAGAGCAACUGCAAAAUUUGUGAAGGUGACGGUUGUAAUACAGCUGAACUAGUUAAUGGUGCGCUGGCGUCUACGGCUAGUCUAUUGACGACAUUUGCUUUUGUUAUUGUUGCCAUGCUAGGAGUUAAGUUUAAUUAAGAGUUGGGGAAAAGUUCAUGAGACACCAAUAUACGUCCAAAUAAUUUACAGCAAACAACGCAAUGAAGGAAAGAAAGAACGCUAACAAACACUUUAACUGAAAGUUAGUGUAAAGUGAAGAAUUUCAUUUAAAUUUACCUCUAAAUUCAAAUGUUAAUUACCAAAGUGUUUCACCAUGUAGCGCAAGUUAGUAGCAGUAAGCAUAUUGAGAUAGAGAAUAAAAAGUAAAAAU